UUUCUGACGUAGGAGAUACGUAUAAUUGCGCAGAAAAUCGUCGCCCACGCGCUGAUUGCGCGCUCGAUCGAAGCACGGUCAUUGAAUACUAGAUCGAAGACGUGUAAAUUUUUCAGUGGUACUGAUUUUGUAAUUGUUCACAUGUUUGUUUCUGUGAUGCACAAACUGCUGAUAUUGGAUUUUCUUUUCAGUUAUUUCUCUUAUCAAAGUUAAACAUUUCUUUCAACACUUUGAAAGUACUCUGGGAGAAAUUAGUUAUCUCUCAUUCAAAAUCACUUCACCGAACACGAUCGCCCUCCUUACACCUGUCCCGUGCCUGCUCCCUGGGGCUAAUGAAGAGACACAACUCUGGUUCUGAGAGCAAUUCUGGCAGCAAAACAAAGAAGGCUCGGGGCAGUAGGACACCGGAAGGAAUGACGGCAGGCAGCGGCAGCGGCAGCACUGUCUGCGAGGUGCUUCCAAAACCUCUCCAGUCGGAAAAUGACAAAAGAGAGUACAGGGCAAUCAAGCUUCCAAAUGGCCUGCGAGCUCUGCUCAUUUCCGACCUCCGUCCUCCGCUGGAGAGUAUGAGCAAAACGAAGCUCCUGGCCCGUCGCAGUCGUGAGGAUGCCGGCGAGUCUGACGGCUCGGAGUCGGAAAACGAGAGCGACGGAGAGGAGACCGACGAAAAAAUGGCGGCCGCCGCCCUGUCGAUCGGCUGCGGCAGCUUCUCCGAGCCGGACGAGAUCGAGGGACUGGCGCACUUUGUCGAGCACAUGGUGUUCAUGGGCAACAAAAAGUACCCGGAGGAGAACAGCUUUGACGUGUUCGUCAAGAACAGCGGCGGCUCAACGAACGCGCACACGGACUGCGAGCAGACGGCCUACUACUUCGACGUCAACUCACCGCACAUGCGCGAGGCGCUCGACCGGUUCGCGCAGUUCUUCAUAUCGCCGCUGAUGAGGAAGGAUAGCAUGCAGCGCGAGCGACAGGCCGUGGAGAACGAGUACCUGGAGGCGUUGCCGAACGACUCCCACCGGGCUGACCAGCUCCUGGCCACCCUGGCGCGGGACGGACACCCGAUGGGAAAGUUCACCUGGGGCAACAUGGAGUCACUCUCGGAGAGUCGCACCGGCCUCAAGGACGACUGCAUGCACGCGCGGCUGCACGAGUUCUGGCGGCGCUACUACCGGGCGCCGUACAUGACGCUGGCCGUGCAGGCCGACCAGCCGCUGGACACGCUGCAGCAGUGGGUGGUGGACAUAUUCAGCGCCGUGCCGGGCUGCUCGGAGCCGCGGCCGUCGUUCGCCAGUCACGGCCUGCCCUGGGAGCCGAGCCGCUUCCACCGGCUGUACCGCAUCAUCCCCGUGAAGGACUUCCACCAGCUUACGGUCACCUGGCAGCUGCCCAGCAUGGUCAAACACUACCGCACCCGGCCGCUCAACUACAUCUCGUGGCUGAUGGGCCACGAGGGCCGCGGCAGCAUCCUCUCCUACCUCAAACACAGGAUGUGGGCUGUCAGUCUGGUGAGCGGUAACAGCGAGAGCGGCUUCGAGCACAACUCGUCGGCCUCGUGCUACUACGUCACCGUGAAGCUGACGGACGCCGGCCUGCAGCACGUGCCGGACGUGCUGGCCGCCAUCUGGGCCUACAUGGCCAUGCUGAGACGCAUCGGACCACAGCAGCGCAUCUACGACGAGAUCAAGGACAUUGACCAGAUGAGUUUCCGCUAUCAGGAGGAGUCGUCGCCACAGGACUGGGUGCAGUCGAUGGCAGACAACAUGCAGAGCUAUGAGCCGGAGGACUUUAUCUGUGGCGACGUGCUGCUGCUGCACUACGACCACGAGCUGAUUGCGUCGUGUCAGGACGCCAUGCUGCCGACCAACUGUAACAUCAUGCUCAGCUCGCGGACGUUCGAGGAGACGGGCGAGUGUCAGCUCACCGAGCCCUGGUUCGGCACACGCUACUCGGAACAAGAGAUCCCGGCGGCCUGGCUGGCGCGGUGGCGCGACCUCUCGUCACUAGAGGGCAGCUUCCACGUGCCCGAGGUGAACCCGUUCGUGGCCCGCUCGUUCGCCCUGGUGGAGCCCGAUGUGCCGCACACCUCGCACCCUCGCCGCGUCAUAUGCCGACCCGACGGCGAGCUGUUCUACCGGAGGGACUGCAAGUUCAACCUGCCACGCGCCUACAUCAGCGCGAGGCUCUGCUCCGACCUGCCCAUGCAGUCGGCGCUCAACUACGCGAUGCUGGACCUGAUCGACAACAUGCUGACUCACCAGCUGACCGAGACGCUGUACCCGGCGAUGGCCGCGCGACUAAACUAUCGGCUCGAGUCGGGAGAGAACGGCUUCGUCAUCCGCGUGGACGGUUUCAGCGAGAAGCUGCCGGACCUGAUGAGCGUCAUCAUCGACCACAUCGCCAACUUCGAGGAGAAGGUCUUCGACUCCGACAUGUUCAACAUGCUCAAGACCGAGCAGCUCAAGGCCUACUACAACUGGUUCCUGAAGCCCAUCAACGCCUGCAAGGACCUGCGACUGAAGGUGCUCAAACAGACCCACUGGAUGGCUCUGGACAAGCACCGGGCGCUGCUCUCGGUCACCGAGGACGGGCUACGGCAGUUCAGCCGGGCCUUCACCUCGCGGCUCCACCUGCAGAUGCUCGUACAGGGCAACAUGACGGAGCGGCAGGCAGUGUCGCUGUUCGAGUCGUCCCGCUCGUGUCUGGGCCACCAGCCGCUGCCGCCCGUCCUGUGGCCCGACACCCGGGUGGUGCAGCUGCCCGAGGGCCAGACCUACUGCCGCGCUGCCUCCUUCAACACCAGCAACACCAACACCAUGAUCACCAACUUCUACCAGUGGCGGCCGGGCACCAUCCGCGCCGCCUGCGCCCUCGAGCUGCUCAUGAACGUGAUGGAGGAGCCAACGUUCGACUUUCUGCGGACCCAGGAGCAGCUCGGCUACCACGUGUUCUCGCUGAUGCGCUGCGUGCACGGCAUCCUCGGCUUCACCAUCAGCGUCAACACACAGGCCGACAAGUUCACACCGGAGCACGUGGAUGAGCGUAUCGCCGCCUUCCUCGACUACUUUGUGGACAAGCUGUCGGCGCUGACCAAGUCGGAGCUGGAUGUGGUGCGGGACGCUCUCAUCAGGAACAAGCAGUGCGCAGACGUGUCGCUAGAAGAGGAGGUGAACAGAAACUGGGCAGAGAUCUGCUCUGGGGAGUAUGUGUUCGACCGACUCGACAAAGAGUCGGAGCUGCUGCAGUCGAUCACGCUGAAGGAGGUGCGCGACGUGUUCAAGGAGGCGGUGACGUGUCAGCGGCGCGCGCUGGCCGUCCAGGUGGUGGGGAGCGCGGCGGCCGACCUGCCGCCGGUUGGCACCCCGGUCACCCCGCCCGCAGAGUGUGCCGGCGACUCUGCCAGCAGCGGGAGCGCAGCCGCCGAGGGGGGCGCCCAGUCGGCGCACGCACUGCCGCUGCUCCUGGGAGAGGCGGCAUCGCACGAACGGCGCUACCUGGACUCGGUGGAGAAGUUCAAAACGGAGCUCUACCUCUUCCCCGUGACCAGGAUCGUAGAAUGAGGCUGCGCCGGACCACACUAGGACCAAUGGUUUAACUGAAAACAGUGCCACAGUGGUGUUAUCAUUACGUGUCGAUGCUGCUGUCAUACCAAUACAAAGUUUCCAGUCGAUCGACUUUCUACUUUUACAGGGCGCUACUCUGCUGUGACAGGUUAUUGUGGAAGUCGAGGAGCUGUGUCAAAAUGUGGAAAAUAGGCGAACCGUGUUGCUAUCGAGUGCCGACUGUCUGACUUAGAGGCACCUGGCUUGUGAUCUUUGUUUUAUGUAAUACAACUGUAUUCACGGU